AUGCCUCACACAAUUUGUCCUUUUUGUCCGCACAUUGCAACAACGGAAGGAAAGCACAGGAUCCAUUUGAACUCCCAUCGUCUUACAGCCACAGAUGAGUUGAAUGAAUUCGAUAAAGCGGCUUGCGACCAAAGUCAACCCGACUACAGCACACCCGAAGGGCAGCAGGCGUAUUGUGCCUAUUAUCAACAACAACAACAACAACAACAACAACAACAACAACAACAACAAGGAGGUCAACCUGGUCAGAAACCGUACGCCGCUGCUGCUUAUGGAGGCCACGACCAAGCACAACAACCGCAAAAUCCAUAUGCACCACCACCACCAGGAGCGGAUCCAUACGGCCAAGGAUCCGGAGGCCAAUCCGGAGGAUCUGACCCCUACGGCACAGUAGAGGUGGCGGCCGUGGAGGAUUCGGAGGCAGUCGUGGAGGAGGUGGAUAUGAUGGUGGAAGUGUCGAAAGUCGUGGAGGAUACGACGGAGGACGCGGAGGUUACGGCGGUGAACGUGGAGAGCGUGGUGAUCAAGGCGCAAUAUAAUUUCAAAUGUUCUCAUUCAAUCUCAUCACUUUCCCGUUCUCCAUCUAUUUUCGUACCUGUAUCCACAGUAUUUUUAACCACUUAUUGUUUGUGUCUCACAUUGAUUCUAAAAAGAAGUAUACGCCUAAGCAACCACUUGAUUUUUAAGAAAGUUCAUUGUUUUAAUUUAUUUUUUGUUCUAUAA